CUCUUUCUCUCAUCAAUGAAUAUUCUUCUUCUUCUCCGAUCCAUUUGAAGCCUCUGGUUUCAUCAAGUGCUACAGCUAAGAAUCUAUGCAUUUGAUGGGAACUGAAUUCUCUCUUUAUUGUGAAAGCCCAACUGAGAAAUAUCGAAAAGCCAGUUGUGGCGAUUAGAGCUCCACACCCACUAUGUGUGUAAUAAUAUCCUAAAAAGGGAAAAUUGCAAUUAAGUUGUUCCCCCAAAAUUGAAAAUCCCCAUAUCCGUCUUCCUUCCACAUCGCAUCAAUACUGGAGUAAUUUGUGUUGGUUUUGGUCCUCCAUGAAACGAAAUUAUGAAUCUUUCUCCAUGUGAUCAUAUAAUUCCACUCACUCUCACCGCUUGCUCUAUCUUAUGGACUCCAAUCUCAACCCCACUUCUCACAAGGAUUACUACAAGAUCUUACAAGUAGAUUAUGAUGCAACUGACGACAAGAUUCGAUUGAAUUACCGGAAGCUCGCUUUGAAGUGGCAUCCUGACAAACAUAAGGGUGAUGCUGCUGCUACCGCUGUAUUUCAAGAAAUUAAUGAAGCUUAUUCUGUGUUAAGUGAUCCAGAUAAGAGGCUUGAGUAUGAUUUGAAUGGAAAUUAUGAGAUCGACAAGUAUACCCUACGGGAAUAUUUAUCGAGAUUCAAAGGAAUGAUACUCACCUGUAAUGGUCUUGGUAUCAGCAGCACAUCAAAAUGGUCACAGCCACUUAUGGAACUUAACGAUUUAAAAGAAAUUUGAGGUUUGGAGCGUCUCAUUUUGUUUCUUCACCACUCUCCACCUCAAUAUUCUUGUCUGUCAACAUUCAGAGAUGAGACAUAUAUUUGUAUCAUAUUGUUGCAAGCAAAGUAGUGCAGAAAACUUGUUGAAAAACAUCAUUUAUUGUUGAUACUAGUUAUGCAGGCCUAAUUUUGUAGUA